CUUCCUUGCUCCCGCCCAAAUUUACUGAAGCUAUUCAAGUGAAAAUCAACUUCGAGACUUUUGCUUCUUUCAUUCCAAACUUGCAUCGAACUUUCCCCCGACAUGCCGAACAAAUGGCUCUGGACAAGAUCGAGGCGAGAGGAUGAAGAGAAGGAUUGCAGUUCAGUUGAGACUCUACUUCCCUCUUCAACUUCUUCGAUAGACGAGGAACGGGUAUCGAAAGAGUGGGCAUCGAGGACUCGGACCCCAUCAUGCACUUCACGGCGAUGGUGUGCUCUUAAUAUCAUCCUUUUCAUCUUCUCUUUGUCCAUCCUUGCGAACAGCUUGCACGAGAAACAUGUCGGAAUUCUUGAUAUACACAGUCUUUUGAAGAAGACAUCAUACUACUCUCCCGUCCUCGACAAGCUAGAGAUCGCAACCUUCGACCUCCAAGCGGACGGCGCACUCUUCGAAUCCGACCACCCCUCACGCUGGCGCAACGCUCGCAAACCAGACCCAGAGGUCGAAGCCGCCUGGGAAGAAUUCGACAGCAUCCGAACCUUCCCCAUCACUGCUGAUGAGGUCCGCAAACUAGGCAAGGACCCCGAACUCGCUGUCAAGUUCCCCGAAGAAUACGGCCUGGGAGCCGAAGCGUACGUCGCGCAGCUCGACAUCUUCCAUCAGAUCCACUGUCUAAAUCUGCUUCGACACUUGGCAUCGGCGGAAUAUGAUCGCGACCCGGAGCAUGGCAAACACCCAUUUUCGAUCUUCACUGGAUUUACGUGUCGCAUUGCACAGACAUACUUUGAUGCGAUUGUGGAGUGGCAGGAGGAACAUGCGUUGCCAUUGAUGAUGGGGAGGAAUAUCACGAGACCGGUGGAGGCGAAACAGAUCCCGGCGCCGGAUGCUUAUUAUGAGAUGUUUCCUGAGGAGAAUGUGUCGAUUCAUGAUAGGAGGUAGGUGUUGGGUAGAUCAAGGCUCUGAGUAUAAUGUGUAUGUUCAACCACCUUGUGUUUCUUUGCUGAGAAUUCUUUUGUUGAUGCUG